AUGCAGCCAACACCAGAGGCUCCCGUCCCCAUCCACUUCCAUGCCCCCCUCCAGAAGGCUCACAGCAUUGUUGCCAUUGUUGGCGUGGAAGAAAAGGACGAACCAGGCCCCCAUGGUGAGCGGAUAAAAGGACCCCCCCAUGGUGGGGGGGAGGCGGCGGGUCCCCGAGAAAGCAGUGGGUCGACAGGUCUCAGCACCCAGGAGUUGCGGGCGCUCGCUCGUUGCGCUCGGGGGGGAAGGGAGAGGGAUCUGCAUGCUGAGACCCAUGAUUCCAGCAGCACUGGCAGUAGCGGCUCCGAUCUGGACUUGCCGAAGCGAGGCCGAACCAGCCGGAGUAACUGGACCAAGGAUGAUGACGCCGCUCUAGUUGCCUUCGUCGAGAAGCAUGGGCUCGCGCAGUGGGCCAAAGCAGGACGCACGCUCGGGCGCACCGGGAAGCAGUGCCGCAACCGGUGGUCCAAUACGCUGGAGCCUGGCUUGAAAGACGUUGAGUGGACCAAUGAAGAGGAGCGACGGCUCGUGCAGUUCCACCGACAGUUCGGCUCAAAGUGGGCAACUCUCUCGCGGCACAUGCCGGGCCGCAGCCCCAACGCCAUCAAAAACCACUGGAACAACACGAUCAAAUGCAAGGAGCAGCGCACCUCAAAACGCGAGCGCUGCCUCGUGCUGCGCGACUACAUCACGAGCCUCGGUGGCACCGUCGAGAGCUGCCACAUGUCGAACCCCGCGUCCUUCGACUGGACGGACGAACCCCUUUCCAUGGACAGCUCAAAACUGGACCCAGUACGUCCGCCCGGCGAAGCCCUGAAGACGCGCCUUUCCGGCUGGGCUUCUUCUCCGCUUCAAAAUCCCCCAAUGCGAACGGAAUCCGAUACUCCCAGUCCCGGAUUCCGGCAGAUGCCCCUGUUUCCCGGGGAGUGUGAAUCGGCCCCGGAGACAAAGAAGCUGAAGACGGACCACGUGGGACUGGAAGAAGCAACCGGAGGCCAGGGAACUACAGCGGGGGGAGAGCCCCGUCUGGUCCGGCAGGGCAGCCGGCUGAACUGGAUCAAACGGUGGGCCGCUUUGAACCCCGCAAAGCAAGCGAGCGUUGCGGGCGCCGUUCCGGGGGCCGUUCCGGUUUCGGUCGGGACGAGCGUUCCGCUGACUGACCGGAUGACCGAGAAUGAGUGGUUGAGAGCGCUGGGGAUGGUCAACGGAAAGGAGACGGAACACCGGAUCGGAGGCCUCGCAGUGGAAGCAGAUCUAAAGCCGCUGACGUCCUUUGGGGGAAUAGCUCUCCCCUUGGACGUGACGUCACCCCAGGUCUUUCCUGCGGCGGGGGGGCCCGGACAGGCGGUCAGCUUGUCCCCCCGGAAGAGGAGCAUCAGCGACCGGGCGGCGCUGGAAGAAUCUCUGGGCUGGGGCACAUUCCCGAUGAUGGCGUCAGCGCCCCCCGUGGUGACGUCACCAUACCCGGUGCUCGGGUCAGCGACCUCGGGGAUUACGUCAGCAUUGGUCCAGUCGGAGGACCCCUCCAGCUUGCUGACGGAGAUAAUCGGGCGGCCGUUUUCGACUCCGUCGGACGGUCUAAGCGGGCCUGGGGGUGCCGGGGGGAUCCCCCUCCCGACUGCCUCACCGGUUAUGCUAACGGCGGUUGCCAAACCGAGCCCUGACCAAGAGUUGCCCGGCGGAACAGAAGGCUUCCCCGGAAUGUCAAAUCAGCGGAACGGCAUCGAGGAGGACAACCCGUUGGCGGCGCUGGCCCGAAGCCUCAGCAUCGAACCGGGAGUCCUCGACUCGGUUAAGCCGGGGGUUAGCGACAACCCGCAGUCAGAGAACCCGGUUCUCGUGGCGCUGGUCACUAACCACCUGCGCAGUUUGCUGGACGAGCAGGCGGAGCAUCUGAAGGAGACCGAGGAUGCGGCGACACUCACCCCGACGCAAGUCGUGCGACUGCGGGAACAACACUUGCAGAUUCGCAGUGCGCUAUCCUUCCUGUCGUCCUUAGCCGGCAUCCCCGACCCACUCUCUCUGGAAGCCGACCGGUUGAGCGGUCCCCGGGAACUAGACGAGCGAGAAACGACGCUGGGCUCGGUAACCAGCUCGGUUAUCCGCAGACCCGAUCUGGACCCGGGUCCUUUUGAGCCGUCCCUGAGCCCUCUGGAGCGUGGGCCUCUGAAGAUGCUCCCCCUUGGAGACAACCCGGUUAACGUAACCGACCCCCGGUUAAGCUACCAGGGGCCGGAGGAGCUCCUCGGGGUUCUCUCCCGGGGCGCAAGCUUGGAUGCGCGCAUGCUCGCGCAGCUGAGCUUCCCGCCUGCGGAGAACUUCCCGGUCGAGCAGCUUCUCCACGGGUUAAGCCAGGGGUUAGACAUACCCGCGGUUAGCGAAGAGAUCCCCCUCCAGUACGCGCCUGUGACCCCGGCAACGGAAUGGGAGCCCCGGUUCGGACAGUGCACGCUUGACUGGCCAGCCGAGAGCGCUAGGAAGACUGACGGCUUCCCUGCGGCCGGGGGGAUCCCCCUCGAGGCAUUGCUGGACGUGCCUCCAGCAGACGACACGUGUAGCUUCCUGGGCGGGGCGGAGUACGGGUUCCCCGGGCUCGGGAACGAUCACAUCUGAGUUUGCACUCGGAACUGGAGCGGAGCACGCCAUCAAUGGAAUAGCGGAAUAACGGACAGCGCGUGGCGUAAUGUCACUUGGUGUUAGAGUGCCUCGGCACGCCUAGGAAUGAGGUGACCGGAAAGUGGGAGAUAGACGCAGGUUCUAGACGGCAAAAGAGGCCGGCUUGUGUAUUAUACUGUGGUGUGCACUUUCGAGCAGUCAAUACAGAAAAACCCAGUCAAGGUCUGUGGUUGUUUGCACUGAACUGAUCGUUUGAUCGCCAGUGAUCGUAGGAUGUACGUUAGGACAUGUUUUCACUUGUGUGUUGAACCCAUAUCAAAUUUAUGGCGUAGCUAGAGUGAGCGUACUGUGAGCUCCAGCCGGAGACGAACCAAAAUACUCUGAUAACGAUGGAUUGACAGAGCCGAAUAACGUUAGGUUACUUAGAAGUCCUUCGCGCGCGUCACAAGUUUUGGCAAAGCUAGAUUUAGUUGAACCCAAACACUGAUCAGCAGCGUGCUUCGGUAGAUUGGAGCCGCGAACAAAUAGACGGCGGGCUGUAUAAGCCAAAGACUGGUUUGAUGAUUGAAUGCGCUUGAAUACUAAAAUAUCCAUGCGGG